AUGACUAUUGCCAUCUCACUACACCAGUCUAAGGAGCUCUCUCCAAAAGAAGAGGAUUCACGAUUCUAUUAUUAUUCGUUUUCUAACUUCCACAUUGAACUAUCGCAUAAAAUUCAAAAAGGUUCAAAAGUAACGGAAAAAGAAUUGGAUAUGCUGAAGAAGAAACUCACUGUUGAAUGGAAAAGGAAGCAAUAUGACGUUUGUGAAAAACCAGUGGAACUUUGUUCAUAUAAACUGUGUAUCUCAUUUAUAACAAUGUUAACAUGUGCUCUCAUAUCGAAAGAUAUUCUGGACAUGGCAAGAUUGAACUUCUGGAUUCAGUGUUGUAUUUUCGGAAUCGAGUCUGUUUUGUUUCUAGUCAUUGUUCAACAACUAUGGUGUCAACGCAGACAAAUCAAAUCUGAAUGUGAAUCUGAAAAGAAAAUUUUGGAAGAAGAUAUUGAGAAUGGAUGCAACACUCGGUUUCGUUUUGAUUCACAUAAAAAGACCGACAAAGAGCAACUGAUGAUACUCAAGAAUUUGUAUUCCCAAGAAGUUGAGCCUUUGAAUGAGAAGAUUCGAUUAUUGCGCAAGCAAAUAUCCUGCUGGGUAAUGUUCUUAGCAUCUGUGGUCAUUUUACAUUAUUGGUAUUGUGCUGCUAAACUCGUGAUAAAAGCAAUGACAACCGGCAGUAACGAAGGCAUUAAGCUUGCGAAAAGGAGUGUCGUCCAAGCCAUUACUGGCACUCUCCACAUGUUGGUCAUUGCCUGGAUAUCAAGACAGUAG